AUGAACUCACAAGAGCCAGAAGUUAACAUAACAACUAAUACCAAUCUCAAUGACGUAUUAUUUUUUAAUAAUUUCGACUACGUUCCAGAUGAUUAUGAUAUGGAGAAUAUCGAAAGUAUGGACUUAGCUACCAAAAGCCUUACAUCAGAGAGUACCAUAACUGGAAGUGUUGUAAAUGAUGCAUCAGAUUUUAACAUAGAAAUAAAUCCCUUUCAUUUUGAUAAGGCCAAUUUUGAGGUGGCGCGAGCUUUGGCAGAAGCAGAUAAUGACAAUGAUAUAUUUCUUUUAAAGGACAUUGAUAUUGAUACUGAAACUGAGAGCAAUGAUAUAUUAACUUCUGAACUGAAUUCAAUUACAUCCAAUUCGAAUGACGAAAAUGAGUAUUUCAUUGAAAAUAUAGAAGAAAACACUAAUCAAGCGCUAUCAGUUUGUCUGAUUUUAGAUUUAAUUGAUGAUCGUAUUCAACGUUGUCUAAAUCAUUCGCAAAAAAACAAAGUUCACUUGCUCAACUUGUUGGAGCUUGGGAA